AUGUUUCUCUGUCGAAAGUUUACCGAAAUCGAUAAAAUGUUUGGAAAACUAUCGGAAGUUUUGCAAACGGCAGCCGACGUGCUUGCGCCGCCACCAACAGCAUUGCAAGAUUUUGACUAUCAUUACCGGUUGGUCAAAAACUUUUACAUCGCCGAUAAAACCUUACCAAAGAUACACAUUAACGAUACCAACAUUCCAUCGCACCUGGACCAGAUGCUGCAAAUAUUAAUACGCGAAGAGCAACGGUUGGACGCUCCAUCGAAAGUGGACACCAUCCCUGCACUUGAUGCAUCGUCGAGCAACUUGGAAAUGUCACCGAAACCCAAUCCGACCCCGCCGAAGGCAGAGUGUAUGGAAUUCGUUCUAAGCAAUCGACCGCUUGAUGUGCUGAUCGAAUUUGCCGUCAACGAUACACCGCCCGGGGCGCGCUAUAUUGUACUUAACUGGGUUCGACGGUUUCUUUCCUGCCUGAAGUGUCCACCGCUUGGCCAUGCCAGUAUUUUCCAACCCGUGCAACGAUUGGUGGAAAUCUGCAACGGUACAUUUGCUUCCCCCUACGAGCGAGAGGAAAUACUGUUCCUUGAAACGGUGGCCGGGCUAGUGCGCAAGGAUUCAAUACUGGUCAAUUUGUUCCUAAAGUCUCAUCACCAUUCCGCACAAAUGCUAGCUAACUGGAAGGGGUUAGGCGUAAAUAAGGCACCAGUGAAUAAUCCACUGUUUGUAAGCACGAAAAUUGAAUAUGAUACGCGGCGAAUCUCGCUGGUGGCGGAAGAUGGUGAAGGUCCGUCGACGAAUGAGGCUGUGCGUGGAGAAAAUGACAAAAGUCAAACGACCGAUGAUACCGAUGGUACAUGCGAAUCCGAGAGCUGUGACUGUGAUGAAGAAGAUCACUUUAGUCUGUUCGAUGCAAUCGUCAAUUAUCUGGACAGCGCGGAUAGCACCAUAGUCGUACGAGCGUGCGAAGGUGUGCUCAUACUAGCGUCAUUACCAACGCUACAGCAAUCCUGCAAAGCUAUCCGGAACACGAUCAAUCGCUUUGCUACCAUGAUGGCUGGUCGGCUUGCGUCAAACUGUCAGCAAAUUCCGGAAGACAUGGACACAGGUGAUAUCGAAGAUGCCAACGUAACGUGGGGAUUGUUCCCGCGAGAUCCCGAACAACCGCACUACAUUGGACGCUACCAGCUAACGGCUUUUCUCUGUUGGUUGGAUUACUGUGAUUGCUUGCUGAAAGAAAGCGAACUACUAGUACCCGAGCUAGGACCGCGUAUUCGCGACGAAAUGCUGAUCAACUAUAUUGAACCAGCGCUGGUCGGUUGCUACGCUCCCUUCAUGCUGGUACUGACGGCAAAAAUCAUCAAAAAGACACAAUCGAAGGCACUGCUCGACGAGAUUGCAAAUUGGUUGAUCGGCGAGGACGAACUGAUGGAUGUUAACAACUGCCUACUAACGAUCCUGAUAGAAAAUGCCCAUGAAAAUACGGACAUUCUUCUGCCGACGUUACAGUUUGUUGAGUCGUUGUUGGAUAAUCCACACGAAAAGAUCCUGCACGGGAUGCUGUUUUUCUACAUCAACAAUCGAGGUUAUUACGAUGGAAGUUCGCAAACCAUACAAUCGUGGUCUGACGAGGAGGACAACCGUGAACGACGGCGGGGCAGUGCUGAUGAUCCAAUUAAGUCGCGCACACUGGCCCCUAGCAAUAUUUUGCGUGUCAUCAAUCACUUCCUAUUGCUACUGCCAAGGCAAAUCAUUAACGAUGCCGGCGGUAUCUGCUACGAGGAAUAUAUGCAGGACGCAAACCGCCAUUACCAGACGUGGAUAAAGAAAACGCACGGUUUUAGCUGGCCGGUAGAAGCAAUCUGGCCGAGCAGCGGUGAAUCGUCACCUCUUGCGGGCACCAGUGUUGAACCAACGAUGUCCACGUGCGCGAGCGGCCAUAUGACGGUAGUUCCGCUUCCCCCGAUGAAGCAACCGAAAAAACAACGAAUCAAACAACACACCACUGAUAGUCAGGCGAGCAUCGAUCUACAAACGUGCGGUGACAGUGGUAUAUCCGAGGAAAGUUUCUACGAAGGACCGCUACUUAAGCUGCUAUUCUCACACGUAAAGCAGAUGAAUACGCAACCGUAUGAGCUAAACCUGGCCGUGAUUGCAAUCCUUUCCAAGCUGGCACUGUUUCCCCAUCCAUACUUGCACGAGAUUCUGCUGAAUCCGGAAAUUCCAGUGGCAGCCGGUGCCACAACCCUUUGGUCUGUGAUGCAAUUCCUUGCCCGGCAGUUGCUGACAGAAAUUCCGCGUGUUGAAGGUUUUCAGGAGAAGAUCAAGGACACGGGUCGAAGGUUACUGUCCAAUCCACCGCUUUAUCACAAAGACUGCGAAAACGGCGAACCUACUUCGGGGAACAGCUAUUCUGCUGCAGGUUUGCCGAUUGAAGAGGAGGACGACAUCAACGAUCCUUUGUUUGAGUCGAUCGUUGUGUUGGAAGAAUUUUGCAAAGAGCUGGCAGCGAUCGCGUUCGUAAAGUACCACCAUGCGAAGGAUUAAGGGACGAUCGGAAAUAGCGAUCACGUGUAGCACAACCGUAGCAUACGAAAGCUUCGUCCCCGUUGACCCAACCUGGUACUUCAGGGUCUGACUUUCCAUGCUUUGAAGCCGUACAUACUAUGUUAAGUAGUGCAAUAUCGUUCAGGGCCCGUUAAUGAUUGAGCACGAUAUAGUUUUAAUGGUCCAUUUUUAUCUAGUCUUUGCCAAAAACAAAACGUUACAGUGCAAACGAAACCGCAAAGCGAAAGGAAGGAAAAUUGUGAGGAGUUCUUCGCAAAUGCUAACAGAAUAUUCAACCAGUAUCUUCGGUUAUACAAGCGUUGGGUUGCGCUUUUCUUGGUUUUAUACAUUACGCUACAAAUGUCCCUUUUAAGCGUUUCUUUCAUUCUCGGUAAAUAUAGUUAAAUUUUAAUUAGUACAACAGAAAUUCGCGAGAAACCAAUUCAGAUGCAGAAAAACUGUCCGAAUAGCAAGUCUAUUUGUUUAGAAAAUGUUCAAUCCUUCACAUCUUUCCGAUCAUUUGUAUGUUUUGAUCAUUUCAUCUGUCUCACUCUCUCUCGCUAUCCCUUCCGCUCUCUCUUACACAUACAAGUCCUCUCCCUCUCUUUUUCCUUCUCUUUCAUUUAUGAUUUGCUCGAGAGAAUGCGGCAGGUGAGCGUUAGAUAGUUUUUUCUCAAUUUUUGCUCACUCUCUCUCUGUACAGUGGCUUGAACGCGAAGACGGACAGCGUAAAUGAGUAAAAUUUCCAAUUCUAUGUUGGAACAAUGGGCAGGUAGUAAGCAGUUUUAAUUAAUUUUAGGCAGGUAUUAAUAAAAGAAACAAAAAUAACGUUUAGGAACAA